CAUAAAGAAUAAAGUCUCACAAGUUCAAAAAAAGAAAAAUUGUAAUUACGAGGAAUUGUUGAGCUUAAUUGGAACGCUAGUGAGUGCAUGUCCUGCAGUAAAGUAUGGAUGGCUCUUUUACAAGGAGCUAGAAAGAAUUAAAUGGAAACUCGGCCCAAUAGGCGAAUGUAAUAACCUUACAAAGGUCGCAAUCAAUGAUAAAGCUUUAAAGGACUUGGAAUGGUGGGAAAAACAUAUCCAAGCAUCUUUUAAUAACAUACGCCAAUUCAAUUUUAAAAGAGAGAUAUUUUCAGACGCUUCUAUGACAGGCUGGGGUGGAGUUUGUAAUAAUAAACAUAUCCAUGGUUUUUGGGACGACCAGGAAAAAAACCAGCAUAUUAAUUUCUUAGAGUUACGAGCAGCCUAUUUGGUUCUGAAAGAAUUCUCAAAAUUUGAUCAAAAUUGUCAAAUACUCAUUCGAAUAGAUAACCUUGUGGCAAUUUCAUAUAUUAAUAAGAUGGGUGGAAUUAAAUACGAUUAUCUCAAUGAAAUAACAAGAAAAAUCUGGACAUGGUGUAUGAAACAAAAUAUAUGGUUAUUCGCGGAGUACGUGGCGUCAAAAGAAAAUCCGGCAGAUAAAGAUUCUAGAAUCAAAAACGCUGAUACCGAAUGGGAAUUAUCAAACGAAGCUUUCAAUCAAAUAGUAAGAAAACUGGGUAAACCCGACAUGGAUCUUUUUGCCUCUAAUGAAAAUAAAAAAUGCAGCAAUUUCUGUUCAUGGCAACGAGACCCACAAGCUUACGUUAUUAACGCGUUUACAACAAACUGGUCAAGAUGGUUUUGGUAUGCUUUCCCACCAUUCUCCCUUAUCGCAAAAGUCCUUAAAAAGAUACAGGAAGAACAAUGCACCGGAAUCAUGGUCGUUCCUGCUUGGGAAACGCAACCAUGGAAAGAUCACCAUCCGCUGGCCAGACAGCUGACGUUGAUAGCAGGGACCUUAUCAGGCGAGCCUUUGAAAGAAGGGGAUAUGAGAAAUCAACAGUGGACAUAAUGAUCAACUCCUUAUCAGAGAGCACACUUAAACAAUACACAUCAGCCUUAAAGAAAUGGACAGAGUUCUGCAAAAAAGAAAGUAUAGAUUCGUUCUGCAACAAAAGCAUAAACAUACUAAAAUUUUUAACGCAAGAAUUGCAAAAAGGAGCUAAAUAUGGCACUUUAAAUUCUAUGCGCUCAGCCAUAUCACUCUUGAACAACAAUGAACUUCAAAAUUCCAAAGAAUUGGAACGAUUCUUCAAAGGUGUGUAUCGUUUAAGGCCCCCUGCUCCAAAGUACUCAGACACCUGGGAUGUAACUCCAGUAUUGACAGAAUUAAAAAAAUGGCAUCCGUUAGAAUCUCUUUCUUUGGAAAAAAUAACAUGGAAAGUAACGAUGCUACUGGCACUUGGCACUGGAUUUCGUGCUCAGAGUAUUGCAUUAAUAAAACUGGAUGGAAUAAAGGAGAAAAAGGAUGGAGUAGAAAUUAGAAUUCAAGAUUUGAUUAAAACUUCCAAGGUGGGGAAAAACCAGCCAUAUGCGCUUAUACCCUUCUUUAAUGAAAAUCCGGAAAUUUGUAUUGCUAAAACACUCAUAGAAUACAUAAAGAUCACCGCAAAUUUGCGAUCAAAUGCAGAUAAUUUAUUGAUAACCAUUAAGAAACCACACCAAGCUGCUACAUCACAAACUAUAAGUAGAUGGUUGAAGGCGGUCCUACAAGUGUGUAAGGUUGAUCCUAAGUAUACAGGUCAUUCAACCAGACACGCGGCCACGUCUAAAGCGCAAAAAAAUGGGCUAAAUAUUAAUAUCAUAAAGAAAGCAGCAGGUUGGUCCGAAAAUUCUUCAGUAUUUAUGCGAUUCUAUAACAGACCUAUCCUCAAUAUAAAUGAAAAUUUUGCUUACAUAAAAUACAUUCUCAAUAUACAAAAGUAA